AUGCUGCUGCAAGACACGCUUGUCUUUGUGUGCACAGUGAGCCAGGACAGUGGCAGCAAGGGACCUGGUCAGCUUCCUCCCACGGCAGCACCAGUGCCUGCCCUGUGGAGACCACAGGUCCCAUGGCUGUCCAUCCUCACCCUCACCGAGGUCCACGUGGCCCCUAAACACCAGGCCAAUCCCCAAGGCAUCAGAACUGUCAAGAGCAAACCCAACCCGAGAACCACCUGCUCCUCUGUCGACGAGCCCCUGUCCCUAGUGCGAGGCGAGCGUGUUUUGGACGUGCUUCUAGCUACUCCGUGUCCUGUGUCUUGGUCUGUUAUGAUAAGAAAUGGUAACGUCCCCUUUUACAUUUUGCAUCCUCUAGGGGGACAGCCACCACGCUGCUGCUCUUCCCAAGAGAGAGCAUCGACUAUGCUCUCCAGCGGAGGCCAGAGUCACAAACCUGGAAAAAACCCACCCGAAGAAGACACCCGCGAGUCCAAGGCAGGGAUCCUGACGUCGGUGUCCAUACUUGAAAACAGUAGCAGAGAGACUUCCAAAUGUCCCGAACAACACAGACUUUCUCUUGAUUUAAAGAUGCCAGCAUUCCACCCGAAGCAGGAGGUGCUGGGCUCCAGUGAUGGGGCGGACUUCCCUUUGAGCACCGAAGGAACUGGCCUGCAGCUCGCCGUGGAGAGCCAGGCUGCUCACCCGAAAGAAAAGCUGUCUGAUUUGCACAAUAAGGAGCAUUGUGGCGGAGGAAGACGGGCGCCUGCCCCAGACCUGGUCCCACUGGAUUUGAGUGCGAGGUCAAGCCGGGACGACGCCAGCAAUAAGGAAGCAGCCUCUUCCCUGCAGGCAGCGCUGGUCAUUCACCCGUGUCCUUACUGUAACCACAAGACCUACUACCCCGAGGUCCUGUGGAUGCACAAGCGAGCCUGGCACCGGGUCAGCUGCAGUACCAUGGUGCCUCCGUGGAUCCAGCCCAACGGCUUCAAGAGCAUAAGGAGCAACCUAGUUUUCCUCGCCCGGAGUGGACGCACGGGCCCGCCGCCUGCCCUCGGGGGCAAAGAGUGCCAGCCUCUGCUACUGGCCCGUUUCUCUCGCACUCAGGUGCCAGGCGGGGUGCCAGGACCCAAAGGCAGCGCCUCCCCUCUAGGGGUGACCACGAAAGCCGCUAGCAUGCCUAAGAGUAAGGAGAGUCAUUCCGGGGGCUCCUGUGCACUGUGGGCGUCUGGCCCCGACGGCUAUCGACAGACCAGACCUGGCCAUGGCCAGGAGACACCUAAUGCUACUGUGCAGGGGACCCUGGCCAAAUCCAAAUCUGAGGCCAGCUCCAAGCCAGUGCCGGCCCCAGGCAGCGGAGGCCACAGCAGAAGUGCCACCCCUACACGCUCCGUCAUAACCCGGGUGGGCGCCCAGCCUUCAGCCAACAGCAAGCCGGCGGAGAAGUAUGGGGUCCCCCUGGCAGGGGCUGGCUUUGCCCCUCCAAACAAGCACAGUGCCCCAGACUCCCUGAAAGCCAAAUUCAGCCCUCAGCCUCAGGGUCAGCCUCCCUCGAAAGGCGAAGGGGGCCCUCCUCUACCUCCCCGAGAGCCCUCCUCCAAGACGGCCCAGGAGCUGAGGACGCUGGCCACCUGCGCUGCGGAGUCCAGAGGGGAUGCAGCCCCGCAGGCUCAGCCCGGCAUGCCGGGGGCGCCCCCCGUCGUACACUCCAUGAAGCAGGAACCGGCCACCGAGGGCCAGGACAGGCCCUUGGGCAUCCUCAGUGUCUUUAAGACAUACAUUCCAAAGGACUUUGCCACACUCUACCAGGGCUGGGGUGUCAGCGGCCCCGGGCUGGAGCACAGAGGGACACCCCGGACGCAGGCCCACCCGGGAGACUUGGUGUGCGUGGAGUGCGGCAAGAGCUUCCACCAGCCCGGCCACCUCAGGGCCCACACACGGGCGCACACAGUGGUGUUUGAGUGUGACGGUCCCCGAGGUUCUGAAGUUCACACGGCCUCUGCGGAUACCCCCAAACAAGGGAGAGACCAUGCCAACCCAGGGACAGUGCCCCUCAGGAAGGGGACCUAGAGGCAUGCCUCCAGUGCCCCGGCGUCCGUGACGGCUUGGGCAGUGUCCUCACGGGUGUCCCGGCAGACUCACCACAGUGACCACGACCACCUCGAGGAAGAAGAGCUGGAGUCUCCUGAUCUGACGCCUCUCACCCCAGAGCCGCCACGCUGGAACAGAGACUGAGGAAGUCCCUGUUCCUCCCCAGCCAUUUAGGGACAGCAAAGAUGCUAUGACUAGAAUUCCAUGAGCUCUGACACGCAUGUCUGUGCUCAUUGACCACAGCCAUGACUCUCCCAACAAGCAGUGGUGCUGGCAGGGAAGGUGGGGACGGAGGCAUCUGUGUCACUCAAGACAAGUUUGAGACACUGGAAAAGAGACUUGUGUGUUUGGGACAGAGUGGAGAAGCUAAGCACUGUAGGGGGCCUGAAAUAGUGACGAAGUCAGGACAGCAGUGGACCUGAGGUUGAUGUCCAUGUCAUAGUGGGUACUGAAAAUAGCAAAUAAAGGAGAGGAAGGAGGUGGCGUUCAGGUGCUGUGGAAAUCAGGCGUGGAGGAGUAGGGGCCAUGACGACCCUAACCUUUCAUGGUGUGACUGCAAUCCCCCUGGGCUGGCCUUUCCCUCGUGCUCACUCUGUCCUUCCCGCUGUCCGUGCCGAGUCUGGCAGAGGACACAUGGCUAUGGAAAUGCGGAUAAUUUGCUUUGGGAAAGCGAGCUAGUGGAACACUAAGAAAAGCGGCUUCUUUGUUUAUUCUCAGGACCUUUUUGUAACAGGGCUACAUUCUGCAAACUGCUCACAAAGGAAGACUUCACGUCUUAACCAGUCACUUAGCCUGUUUUUGUACUGGCAGAAGAGUCCCUGAGCAGACUGGGGACCCUAGAUCACUAGGGCCCUGAUGCUCUGAGACCUUCUGCACCCCACCCACCCUACACUCUCUCCCUUGCACCACCGCAGCAAGUAGGUGUCUCUUCUCCUUGGGCCUGGUGACCUCCACAGGACAAGUAAGUUUGCUCACAGAUGUGUGGGGUCAGCAGGCCGGGGCGGGGGGAUGGCUUUAUAUACCUCUUCCUUAGUAACGCAAAUGCAAGUUUUGUGGUGGGGGUGAAAGCCCGUAACAAAAGAUCUUAAACCAUGCAGUGUACACAGUUGAAAUUGUAUUCCACAGAUAAAUAUUUUCUUUUCCUAUUGCCGUGACACUGUGUGUGAUGGUGAUAUUUCUGAGUCUUUCAGAGUUUUGCACAUAUAUGAUUUUAUGCAUUAUCAGAAGUUAACUGCUGCCUUGAAUGAAAAUGUUCUGUGAAAUUUUUUGCAAAAGCUUUACUAGGUUUUUUUUUAAUUGUGAAAAUUUUGUAAAGGCAGGAAAUGGAUUAAAAUGAGCAUGCGAAAUAUAUUUUUCAAAAAAAAAAGCAAUAAUUUUACAUGUACAGAAAUUAUCUUAACCUUUAAUACUGGUGAGGGCGACAGUUUACUUGAUACAGUAAUGGAUUACUGCAGUUUUUGUAGAAAGUGGGCUUCUGAUACAAAG